AUGGAUUGCCCGAGUACAAGAUGGCAAUUGAAAUCAAGACGGCAACGACAUUUCAAGAAGACCAAGGCAAGACUUCGACCCUCUAAACCAGUUUCAUCCACCCUCGACCGGUUCAUUCCCCAUCGCCACAUCGAUAUCUCGGAGUUUCAACUCAAUUCUAGUAUGAAGAAGAAGACGGAACAAGACAAACGGCAACAACAACCAUCGUCAUCCUCGAUGUCGCAAUCAUACGACACCAUGGGAGAGAGUUUUACGACAUCGUCCUCCGAUGAAAGUUUGAUGUCUGUGUCGACAUCGAGCUCGCUCUCAACUUCUCUUUCCGAGGAUGCCUUAGAUGAUACGACUUGUUACGGUGAUCCCUUCAGCGAGGAAGUUGCUGCAAUUCUUUUUGAAGGAUAUGACAAGAAAAGCGGAGAUGUAUUGAAUUUCAGGUCACGAAAAUACGAAGCAAGUAAGAUAUUGAUUUGA